AGAGGAUAUCAGCUGAGGACAUGGAUACAAAAAGGUCCCUUUUCUUCUGUCUGUACCUUCUGGCUGCUCAAAGUAUCUCAGUAGAAACAUCGCCAAACCUGCUGAACUUGAUGAAGUACCUUGAGCAGCCCAUAGGCCGGUCCUUGUUUUCCAGAGUGAGUCCCAGGCACAUCCAUCACCUAGAGCAGAUGCUGUUCAAUGCUAGCUUCUGUGGACACAACUUGACGCUACAGACAAACUCCAUCCAGUCUCUGAUCUUCAAGCUGGACUGUGACUUCUCUGGCCUCUCCCUGUCCAGUGCCACCCUAGCAAAUGUCCCCCAGGCCUGGGCUCCACAUGCCAUGCAGUUUCCUGCUGAGCUGACCAAGGGUGCCUGUGUGACCUCCAGGCCUGCCGAGCUCCGACUCAUCUGCAUCUAUUUCUUCAGGGCACACCUCUUCCAGGACGACAAUAACUCAUCCCUGCUCAAUAACUAUGUCCUGGGGGCCCAGCUGGAUCACAGGCCAGUGAACAACCUGCAGAAGCCCAUCAACGUCAGCUUCUGGCACAACCAAAGCCUGGAAGGGUACACAGUGACCUGUGUUUUCUGGAAGGAGGGGGCCAGCGAGCACAGCUGGGGGGCCUGGAGCCCUGAGGGCUGUCACACAGAGCAGCCCUCACCGUCCCAGGUGCUCUGCCGCUGCAACCACCUCACCUACUUCGCAGUUCUCAUGCAGCUGUCUGGAGACCCAGUGCCCGCCGAGCUACAGGUGCCUCUUGAGUACAUCUCCCUGGUGGGCUGCAGCAUCUCCAUCGUGGCCUCACUGCUCACCAUGCUACUGUAUGCCCACUCCAGGAAGCAAAGCAAUUCCAUCACACGCAUCCACAUGAACCUGCAUGGCUCUGUUCUGCUCCUGAAUGUGUCCUUCCUUCUGAGCUCCCAGAUGGCUCUGCCCACAGUGCCCAAGUCAGUGUGCAUGGUGCUGGCUGCCACCCUACACUAUGCACUGCUCAGCUGCCUUACCUGGAUGGCCAUCGAAGGCUGCAACCUCUACCUUCUCCUGGGCCGUGUCUACAAUGUCUACAUCCAUCGAUACUUGCUCAAGCUGUGCGUGCUGGGCUGGGGGUUUCCAGCCCUCUUGGUGCUUCUUCUUCUGGUGAUCAAAAGCUCAGUGUACGGGCCCUGUGUGAUCUCUUUCUCCAGUAGCCAGGACAACGGCACAGGCUUCCAGAACGUGUCCAUGUGCUGGGUGCGCAGUCGCAUUGUACACAGUGUCCUGGUCAUGGGCUAUGGUGGCCUCACAUCUCUGUUCAACCUGGUGGUGCUGGCCUGGGCUCUGUGGAUCCUGUGCAGGCUGCAGACACAGGAGAAGGCACUGAGGCCCUGGGCCUACCGGGACACCAUCAUGGUGCUGGGUCUCACUGUGCUCCUGGGCACCACCUGGACCCUGGCCUUCUUCUCCUUCAGUGUCUUCCUGCUGCCUCAGCUCUUCCUCUUCACCAUCUUCAACUCGCUUUAUGGUUUCUUCCUCUUCCUGUGGUUCUGCUCGCACAGGUGUUACUUGGAUGCUGAAGCCAAGGCAGAGAUGGAGGCAGUCAGCUCUUCCCAGAUGACACAUUAACCCACUUCCCAGCCUCAGCCUCUCCUACUGUCUGGCAGCACACAGUUGGCCCAUCCACGGAAGGUGGUUGGCAGCCUAUGACCUUGACCCAUCCAGGGAAGGUGGUGGGCUGCUUGCAGACUUUGCUCUACCCUCCAGGAUCUCUUUCAUUUCUCAGAAUUACCUAGGGCAGAAGGCAGGGUAUUGCUCCUCAUGCCUGGGUGCAACUUUAUUGGCCAGGCUAUGGACAGAGCCCUGGACUUUGAGCCAGGAGGCUAUGCACCCUGCUCAGCACUUACAGAUGCUCACAGUGUUGUGGCCUAUGCCUGGGGCCACUUUUCCUUUUGCCAGUCCCAAAUGAUAUUGACUUCAACUUUCUUUCUUUCAUUCUUUCUUUCUUUCUUUUUUUCUUAUUUAAUAAAGUUUUAUUUUUCCAAAUGUA